UGAUGAUAUCAUAUCAGUGAUUGGACAACAAGCCAAAAUAAACCAAAGAAAACAACAAAGAACAGCAAAGAAAAAUUGGUUUCCAAUUUAGUUUGUCGUUUACGUAUUUGCUUCAUCUCAAUUGUAUUGGAUGGUAAAGUGUGAAAAGUUGGUGGCUUGCAGUUGAAAUAUGUGAAAGUUUGUUAAUGAAAUUAAAACAAUCGGAAAAGUGAAAUGAAUACAAAAAGUGUUGAUUUGUUGGUCGUGCUGAUUGUAGUUGUUUGCAUAAUAAGAACCAAUGUUUAUUGCAUCGAAAACAAUGAAUGGGUAAACAAUCAAGAUCAAUCGGAUAAUAUUGUGGUGGAAGAAAUACAACCAGAAAUACAGAAUUUCAUUAGUGCACCGGAUGCAAUAGUCGGAUUCAAUACAAAUGCUAUUAACGACUCGGCGAUCGAUUAUCGAAACAAUCAAUUUUAUCCGUAUCCGUUCAGUGUAAAUGAUGCCGCUAAAAAUGCAAUUGCGGGCAAAGAAAAUGGCACGGCCAUUGAAACAGUGAGCCGAAAACCGCAAAUUACGUCUGGAUUUCAAAUGCUUAGACGAUCGGUGGCGACAGUGGUCGAGAAAAUUCAAUAUUUUAUCCAAUCGAUAUGGAACUACUUUACUGUUGAUACAUCGGUGGUAGAAGCUCGUCACGGUCAUGGCCAUCACAAAAAGAAAUUCAGAGUUAAGAAGAAAUAUAAGAAAUAUCUGCUGCCAUUACUCAUAGCCUAUAAGCUGAAAUUUUUCACACUUGUCCCUGUCAUCAUCAGUGGUCUGAUGUUAUUAGCUGGAUCAACUGGCAUGGCAGGAUUUUUCUUUGCACUAUUUACAGCCGUUAUAACAUUAAAACAUAAAGAGGCAACUGGUCAUUGAUCAAUUUUACUAGUCCGUAGAUGAGGAGUGUAUGUUGUCUUCGUAGUUUGAUGAAAUUGAAAAUUUAUUUAUUUGAAAUGUUUUCUGGAAAGUUUUUCUAUUUUUAUUUUGUUUUUGGUAAAAUUGAAUUUUUAAAUUAGAUUUUUUUUUUGGAAAAUAAUUAUUUAUUCAUGGACUAGAAGUCCAUAUUAUGUAUGACGAAUCAAUUUAAUGCGA